AGUGCGAAAGCGGUUCGGUUUCCACGGUCAAACAGUGUUUCGCGGAUUUAUUGCGUAUUUCCAGCUGGAAACUCAAAACCGGUUCCCUUUUAGUGACGCGCGCUCGUUUUCUCGUGUUUGAGUGCAAAAUGUCCUCCGGCCGGAAGUGUAACAACUGCGGCAGUGCCGAAAUCGAGGUGGACAAUGCCCGCGGGGACGCCGUCUGUACCAACUGCGGGUCGGUGCUGGAGGACAACAUUAUUGUGUCGGAGGUCCAGUUCGAGGAGAAUGCCCACGGGGCGUCGAGUGCGGUGGGUCAGUUUGUGGCGUCCGACUCCAAGGGUGGGGCGACGGCGUACGGGAAGUUUCACGUCGGAACGGGGACGGAAUCGCGCGAGGUCACCUUGAGGAAGGCCCGGCACGGGAUAACGCAUCUGUGCCAUCAGUUGCACUUGAACAACCAUUGUAUCGAGACGUCGUGCAAUUUCUUCAAGAUGGCAUUGAUCCGGCACCUGACCCGGGGUCGCCGGAACACGCACAUCUACGCGGCGUGCGUUUAUAUUACGUGCCGCACGGAGGGGACAUCUCAUCUUCUGAUUGAUAUCAGUGACGUUCUGCAGAUUUGCUGCUACGAACUCGGAAGAACGUAUUUGAAAUUGUCCCAAGCUCUGUGCAUCAACAUUCCAUCCAUUGAUCCCUGCAUCUACAUCAUGCGGUACGCGAACAAGCUGGAGUUUGCGGACAAAACGCACGAGGUAUCGAUGACGGCCCAGCGCCUCGUCCAGCGCAUGAAAAAGGACUCGAUCCACUCGGGCCGGCGCCCGUCGGGUCUGUGCGGUGCGGCCCUGCUGAUUGCCGCCCGCAUGCACGAGUUCAGUCGCUCGCCGUCGGACAUCGUGCGGAUCGUCAAGAUCCACGAGUCGACGCUGCGCAAACGGCUGGUCGAGUUUGGCGAAACGCCGAGCAGUGCGCUCACGCUCGAUGAGUUCAUGUCGGUUGAUUUGGAGGCUGAGCAGGACCCGCCGGCGUUCAAGGCGGCCAGGAAGAAGGACAAGGAGCGGCUGCAGAAGCUGGCGGAGUCGCCGGCCGAGUUCAACCAGCUGCAGGCGGAGAUUGACGCCGCGCUGGAUCGGGAGGUGCACAAGGCGUUUGCGAGGAAGAGGAAGCUUAAGGGUGAGGAUUAUGAGGACGAGGAGGUCAACGAGACGGACAAGUUCAUUCAGGAGUCCACGCUGGAUGUCAUCAACGAGUGUUUGGAGGAAGGAGAGGGGUCGAAGGCUAGCGUGAAGCGAACUGUCCCCGAGGGGAUGAAGCCUGAUUUGAUGGCGAUUUGUGCCAACAGUACGGAGGAACGACGCGAGAACGCCAAAGCUGAGAAACUUGAAGAUGACGGCGAGCUGGCGUUGGAAGAUCUGGACGACGAGGAGAUCGAUGGGUACAUCAUGACAGAGGAGGAAGCACGGUACAAGGAUCUAAUGUGGAAUCGACUGCACGCCGAGUACCUCAAAGAGAUGAAAGAAAAGGAGGAGCGACUGGCGAAGGAGCGCGAAGAGGGCAAACCCGAAAAGAAGAAGCGCAAAAACGUCCGCAAGAAGGCCAUCGGCCCGUCCAACUCCGCCGGCGAAGCCAUCGAAAAGAUGCUUCAGGAGAAGAAGAUCUCCAGCAAGAUCAACUACGAAAUCCUCAAAACCCUGACCGACUCGAGCAAGGAACCCCAGCCGGAAACCUCCGCCGCUGCCGCCCUGGUCAAGCACGAGUCCAGCGACAUCGACGUGCUGUCGCGAACCCGCAUCAAGCCGGAGACGGCUCUGACUCGCGCUAGCAGCGGUGCCAAACCGGUGGCGAGCCUGGGCAGCGGCGCCUUGCGCCGUAAACCCGUCCCCGCCGCAACGCUUCCGGUCGUGAGCGCCGACGACGACGCCACCCUGCCGGACGUCAAACCGGUGCUGGUUGUGGAGGAGGGCGGAAUGCCGCCGGCGACGCCCAAAAUGGAGCAAGCUGAAAAUAUUGACGACUACGACGAGGAGGCGGACGUCGAGCCAGAACCGGAACCGGAGCACAAGACACUGGCCGAGAUGCUCAACACGGGCGACGAUGACGAUUACUACGGCUACGAGGAGGACUAUUAGAACCGGUAAUUGUUGAGGAAUUUUUGUACAGGUUAUUCGCUGUAAUUUGAAAUUUAUAAAUUUAGAUUCAAACAGUUUCUAAGACACGAAGAGAUUUUAGACCCGUUGCAA